AUUCGACAAUGCACGGAGAGGACUGGCAUGAACGAGGGGAAGAGCACCGUGGGGCUCGGACUCUCGCUCGCACGGGCGCAGAUAUUGGCGUGCCAAUCGGUGGACGAGACGAUGCAUCUGCAUGCGCUAUCGUCGCCCUCCGUGGGACCCACGCCGCCGACGCGAAAGAUCUUCGACACUGGGGCCACUUGGGUUCUCCAGGCAGCAAGCACCCCGAGCCCAAUCAACCUCGCAAGCAAGAGCAGAAGGAAAGAAGAAGCAAAGAACGAUCCCUACACGGAACGAAUACGUCCGCGGUUGACGACGAUCCGGCCCGUGUGAUAUUUGUGCCACGCUGUGCUCGGAUUCCUUCGGUUUGGACUGUUCUCUGAUGUUCGCUUGAUGGAUCACCGUUUCUCGAAUUGCUCGAAUUGCUCGGGUCGGGGCUGAGUGUCGUCGCACGUUCCUCUUCUGGGCUUUGCGAGGAAUUAGGGGUUCUCGCAGUGUGAUUGAUGGCGUCUGGUCUGAGGAUUGCUCCUCUGAAUUGUGUAUAUAAUCGCUGUGUGCCAUCGGAGUCCCAAGGUUUUGGCUGUUGCACCCGAACGGGUCGGAAUGGGCCGAUUUUGGCUGUGGGCGGGAAGCCCGUUCGAUUCACUUCGCAGUUUGUGGGGUCAGGAAAUUCUUUGCAGCUUCUCUUGACGAGCUCGAUUUCGAAAGCGGGUCCUCGUGCUGGCACAUUCAGAAGGCGGAUGACCGUCCCUAAGUCAGUGCUUGCAGAAGAGCCCAUUAUUGAAAAUGAGGAAUCGCCUCAAGGUUUGGAGAAGUGGGUGAUUGCUGCGGAACAUGGAUUCAACACCUUUGCCACUGAGACUGUUGUGAAGAUACUAGAGACUCUGUACGCGAAGCGCUUGUACGCAAGGUUUUACGUUUUAGAAACCAUCGCGAGAGUUCCGUACUUUGCUUUUGUAUCGGUUUUACACAUGUACGAGAGCUUUGGUUGGUGGAGACGGGCCGACUACAUCAAAAUUCACUUUGCAGAAAGCUGGAAUGAACUACAUCAUCUUCUGGUGAUGGAGGCUCUAGGUGGAGACGAGAGGUGGAUCGAUAGAUUUUUGGCUCAGCACAUUGCCGUUGCAUACUAUCUUCUUACUGUAUUAAUGUAUCUCCUUAGCCCUAGAAUGGCAUACCAUUUCUCAGAAUGUGUCGAGAAGCAUGCUUUUUCUACUUACGAUAAGUUCAUAAAGUCACAUGGAGAUGAGUUGAAGCUGCUUCCUGCUCCGGAGGUCGCAGUCCAAUAUUAUACUAAGGGAGAUCUAUACAUGUUUGAUGAAUUUCAAACUGCCAUUGAACCGAACACAAGAAGACCAAAGAUAGAAAAUCUUUAUGACGUUUUCGUGAACAUUCGUGAAGACGAAGCGCAGCAUUGCAAGACAAUGCAUGCCUGUCAAUCGGGGAAAAGUUUGAGGUCUCCACAUAGAGACGCUCCUCUUACAGAGAUAGCUGAUGACGAGAAGAUUCCUCCUCCAGCGGAUUGUGAAGGCCUAUUUGAAUGUGCCACCACAGCCACUUCGUUCGCAGACAGGGCACGGAAACUAGGAGUAGAAAAUCUUGUCGCAAAAAUCGACGGAUCAGAGUUAUGAGAAAAGCCAACUGCAGUUCACCCUGCUAUACUUUUUAAGGAAGUGAUGCGGAGUGAAAAUUUAGAUUUCAGUGUAACAGUGGACAUCUAUGUAAUUAAAUGAGUCAAACCUGGGUAUACUACCCGCUCAUUUCAGUGAAUGUUGAAGGGGGUUUCAAUAAUAUAUGUGUGCAUGUAGUCAAGAGGG